GGACCUUAACCCGGAAAUUAGGGGUUCCAUAGUGCACCGUUUCCUCUCUGCACCAUCUUCUGAUGUCAUCGUUUCCAAAUGAAACCCAUAUCAGAAAAACCAAAGCAACGCCCUACUCCCGCGCCUCCAAACCCAGGCAGUCAGUGUAUACGUCUCUCACACCAACGCCUCCACACCCACUUCUACUGACGUCAGCCUUGCGUCUCUGCCGUUUCACACGGUCACUUUGCUUUCUUUCCACCUUCUCAAGGCAAAGGUCCCUAUACCGGUGUUUGACAGUCGCUCAAGGUUCCAGUGAGUGUACACUGGAAGACUUCUGACGGACUUCUCUCUUAGCAUAACCAGUGCCCUUCAUCAACACUAGUCGGCUCUCUUUGGUGUUUCUCCUUUCUGUGAAAUUUUGCGAGACCAAUUCUACCGUAUAGGAACUAGGGCUCAAUUAUAUUCCCGCAUAUGCCUUUGUUUUUUUUCCAAUUUACACACAUCUCGACUAUUUUUGGGAGAUCAAUUUCACUGUGAUAGAACAUAGCUCAAUUAAAGUCCUGGGCGCAAAUUCUAAGUCCUUUACAAUCUGUUCAGUUUUCCAUGUUGCUUUUGUUAACAUAAUCAAGCUCCAGUUUCCAUGUCGAUGUUCAUGUAUUUUGAAUGAAGAAAGGGAGGGCUUUCCUCAAAACCAUCUGCAGAAGCUUCCUCUCACUGCAACAUAGAACUCCUGCUCCUCCUCUACAGAUGGAUGCAUCUGAACGUUACCACUACAACCCAACCCUGCAAUGGAAUCCUAGGAUUGAAGAAUACUUCAUCAAAGCGUACGGAGCUGACCAUUUCGCUCGCAUUUCCAAAGCCCUAACGUCUCCGUCUUGUUACUCAUGUAUCCGUGUUAAUACACUCAAGUCGACAAGUGAUGCCAUUAUUGAGAAAUUAUCGUCAGCUCUGCCGGGAAUAAGGCAACAAAGUGGUACUGAUGGCACGAAUCAGAGUGACACCCAUGCUGAAUAUCUUAUUGGCCCAGAUCAUAAAGAAUCUUAUAUUCCCCCUACAUCAUAUGACUUAAAAAAGGCAUAUCUGGCAGUCUCUGAAAGUGGUCAAAACUAUCAUGUUUCUAAAUGUCAGUUACCUGGGUUAGACUAUGUUGUGUUUGUCAAAGGUUCAGGACCACACACAGUCAAUUAUGGUUAUGCACAAGACAGACCUCCAAAGGAGGUAAUUGUUAGUCGUAAAUGUGCUGAGGCUGUUCUUCGGGGUGCUCAGGUGUAUGUUCCUGGUGUAUUGGCUUGUAGUGCUCAUGUUGAGAAAGGGGAUGUGGUUGCAGUUUCAGUUGCUGUGGAGCAGCCUGGCCAGGAUGGUGGAUGGGUUGUUGGUAUGACUCGUGGGACGGUUCUACAGGGAUCACACAUAGAUCCUUAUUUUUUGGAACGAAAGGGCUUGUACAUUGGCCAAGGAACCACAAUGAUGUCAAGAGCUGGAAUGUUUCGCGUUCUAAAAGGAACUGCCGUGGAUGUGAAUGAUAGAGUAUUUAAGCUUCCUUCCUUUCAUGAUGUUCUUGAGGGGGAAAUAUUCCUGCAAAAUCUGCCAAGCAUUGUCACAGCACAUGUCCUUGAGCCUCAACAGGGGGAGAAAAUAUUGGACAUGUGUGCGGCUCCGGGAGGGAAAACAACUGCGGUAGCAAUCCUUAUGAAGGACAAAGGAGAGGUGGUUGCAGUUGAUAGAUCUCACAAUAAGGUUCUCGACAUCCAAAAAUUGGCUGCUGAAAUGGGCUUGAAUUGUAUAACCACAUACAAGUUAGAUGCUCUUAAAGCUGUUCGGCAAAGGAGUGAAUCCAACGAUAUGCACACUUCAUCAUGUGUUGCCCAAGAAGGGUCAGACAAAGAUUCUACUGGCAAUGCAAAUUUUAGCAACGAGCAAGCAACACAAACAACUAAAGCUUGCAAUGCUGUCCUCCAGAAGAGUAUCCAGGGACAUAUUAAUGGGCGUGGAAGAAGUCAUUGCUUAGGUGGUAGGGUUGAAAAAUCAGAAGGUUUUUAUCCAAAUAGCUUCGAUCGAGUUCUCCUUGAUGCUCCUUGUUCUGCUCUUGGUUUGAGACCCCGACUGUUUGCUGGAGAGGAGACAAUAGAAGGGUUAAGGAACCAUGCUAAGUAUCAGAGGAAAAUGUUUGACCAGGCUGUUCAGCUUGUUCGCCCUGGUGGAGUUAUCGUAUAUUCCACGUGUACAAUCAACCCCGGUGAGAAUGAAGCACUGGUCCGGUACGCUUUGGACAGCUAUAAGUUUCUGUCGCUGGCAUUACAGCAUCCAAACGUUGGAGGACCUGGCCUUGUUGGUGGUUGUCAACUGUCUGACGGUUCCAUUGAGGAAUGGUUAAGACCCGGUGAGGAAGAUCUUGUUCAGAGAUUUGAUCCAUCAUCUCCACUAGAUACUAUUGGAUUCUUCAUAGCCAAGUUCAAUGUCGGCCCCAAAGAUGACUGAGCUUUGAAAUAAAGCAAUGAGAUAAGCAUUCUUACAUAGUGAUGCAAGACGUAGGAGCGGGUAUACAUCAUCGAAGAGAUAUAAGAUCUACGGUUUCGGUUUAUAUGCUCCAUCGCGAGAUCAGUUGGAACUUCUUGUUAGAGGGUAUGUGACCCGCGUUGUUUUUUUUGGUAAGUAUGCAUCCACAACCGGGUAUGUCAAAUGUGGAAUCCAUUUUGUUGUGUGAUGUCAUCCUGGUUGACUUUCUUCAAAAUUUUCAUUCUUCUUGAAUUAUGCAGGUCGAACAUUUGGUAGUACCUCGUUAAAAAAAAAAACAUUUUAGUACAAAUGGUGGCUUGCAACUAAUUAUGGAUACGGGGAAGUUCGUAGUGGUGAGUUGUUUUAUGGGAAUGGGAGUGUUAUUGUUCUUUAACGUGAUUGAAUAUGGUCAAAAUUUAGUACAGCAAUGUUGGUUUGUUGUAAAAUUUAGUGGCAUAUUGUCCUUUUAUAAGGGCACAACUAUUGGUUUAUGAUGGCUUAUUUCAA